UUGGACACAUUAGCCUAGAGAGUGCGAAGAACAAAAAGUGAAGUUAGCCAAGAAUCGUGCUGGUAUGUUCCCGAAGCCUGCAAAGGUUUUGGAAAUUGUCCCUGGAAGCGUUUGCAGGAAGUUCCAGUAGGUGGACUCAUAAGGGAACGCUACAAAAGGACCAAUGGAUUGACGAACAAUCGAUUUGAUGGACGGAAGAACAACUCAUGUUGGUUGGGGGCGUAGCGUCGAAGAGAAAAGUGGUAAGUACUUACUCAUCCCCAGUCGAAUCGAUCCAAACUUCACGUUUUUGCGACUCCCCGGCUGUUGGGCGAUGGAUUUUCUUAAUGUUACUUUUUCCUUGUUCAUAACGUGACACGACAUUUCGUGAUUUUCCUUGAUCUUGUGGCAAAAAUGUGCGACUUUGAUCGAUCGCUUGGUGGGUUUUGAUGGGUUUUCUCUCAGCUAUAAUGGGUUCCAGCUAUUUUUUUUGCGGAUCAAGUUCUCGAGUUGGAAUGAUCGAUCCAAACCACCACUGUAUAUAGUGCUCUGUAUUUGGCCGGAAGUUCUUCCUUUUGUCUCAUCAGGUGGGAAUGCGUAGCCCAUCCCGCGGCGAAGAAACUUCCCACAUUUGGUCCGCGCGGGUUGGCCCCCGCCCACAAAUCUCAUGAUUUCGCUGGCCAUGAACAGUUGAACUUGUGACUGUGAGGAAAAAACUAAUUGGGGGAGAAGUUUGCUCGAUUUCCCAAAUGGGUAGCAGCUAAUCCUGCUCCAAUCCGUGUUUGUCCCCCACCCAUGAAGAAACAAUCCUGGAAUCUGCGAGGAACUGAUCGCAAUUUGGCAAGAAAAAGAAAGAUCCCAAAGGAAAGUUCACUAGGUUCUACUGUGGAUCGAUGAGGGAACAGGGAGAAAUUGUUAGCUACCCGCAUUGCUUGCGAGAUGGAGCUCCAGCACCAAACCCAUGAUUAAAGAUUGCGGCUUUCUCCAGCCAAAGCCUGGAACGCCACCAGCAUUCUUCUCCAAGAGCUCUGCCUUUGCUCUUGAAGAACACACAAACAAAAGCUUCCCUUUCAUUCAUUCAAGCUCAAAGCUCUGCUGCUGAUCUCUCGGGCUAAAGGAAAAGUGGAAUUUUUUUUUUCCGCUGCUCGCUUUCUCUCUUUUGGGUUUUGGUUUGUGUCAGUGCGAAGAAGCAGCUCUUUGCUUAAAGACUGCGUUGUUCUCUCAUGAGACUUUGUUAUCUCCUCUCUUUUCCUCCAUAGCCAGCCUACUUAUAUUGUGUCGUUUUCCACUGUCUUCACAACGCCCAGUUGCGAAACAACGCUCUUUUUGAGCUGUUGGACGCUUUCAAAGCGCUCGCGAGCUCUUUUCUUUGCUCCAUCUCUCAUCUCCCUCUCUCUCUCUCUCUUCUCUCUCUCUCUCUCUCGGAAAAAGGAUCCCUUCUUCUUCUCUUUUCUCCCAAGAACAGCUUGCGCUUCCAGCAUUUCCUCGUUUUGCCCCGAGCUUUUGUUUUUUUCCUUGCGCACACAAUGCACACAAGCUGCUACCCGACGAGCAGCGAAUGGUGGGUUCUCGUUCACGGACUGAUCGAGCCAAAGGAGCAAAAGUUCUUCCUCUCCUCCUUCCAGAGGUGGAAUUUUUCUUCGGGGCCAUGAAAGGGAGGAGCUAUGCGGCAGUAAGCAAGGAGGAAGAAGAACACGCGAGUAUAUGGAAGCCGAUGUGAAGAAGGGGGAGAAGGUCUAACCGGAAGAUCAUCUCCAUCUCUCACUCGUGAGUAACUCGACUUAGAACUUGGAUUUCCAGCUCCAGGGGGAAGAAAUGGAUGAUUUUGGUAGCAUUUUGGAGCGGGACUAUGGACUUGGUCGGGCAGGAAAGGGUCGAAUUGGCAGUAGAGGCAGCAAGAACAGCGGCAGUGGCCCAAAGUUUGAUAGCUCCGCUAGGUUCUCGGAGAGUUUUGGUAGAACCAAGCUUGGAAAGAGCGAUUUUGGCGGAAGCUUUCGCGGCAGGAGCGAUCAAAACCACCACCACAAUCACUCCUCGGGCUAUGGCAGUUUUGGAUCGUCUUACAGCGUCUACGACGAAGUUUUCUCUUGCAAUGUCCACUCCACCAUCCCGGUGUUUGAGGACGUUUUCCGGGUGCCUUCGUCGAGGAUGAAGGUGUCGGAGCUCCGAGACAAUGAGAUCUUCCGGGGGAUUCCAACUCUCAAGAAGAGCAGCUCGAGAGUUACGUAUGAGGAUAUCUUUGGUGAGGCGCCGGAUGAUUUAUCGGGGCCGUUUUCGUUCGGGGGUGAUGUUGCCGGGGCCAAGAUCACCACUGCUUCCUCCGGUCUUGGGACGCCACCACGCAAAGAUGCUGCUACUGUUGGAAGCUCCAAAGACGCUCCAGCACCUCCACAAGCUUUGGACGUGGCGGCUCUCAAGAAGCCACAAGGAUCGUUCCUUGGAAUGUCCACACUCAAACAAAACGGUGAGCAGCAUCAAGAUCUCUCGAACGAUCAAUUCGAGAGAGCUUGGGUGAGUGUUGGUGAAGUGAGCCUGACGACCAGGCCAUCCGAUAUUCCUCCUCCAGUGCGAGAGGCACCAGCUCGAUCGCGAGCUUCCAACCAAAGUUCUUUCGAAGAAGCGUGCCUGGAAAGGACUCAGUCGGACUCGGGGCCGCCACCGCUGCGAACUCCGCCACCUUUGCAGCAAAACUCAUCGUCCGAGCUGCUCGAGCGAGUUCUCAAGGAGAGAAGCGCUCACGCGGAGCUUAGCAUCAGGGAUAAAGUUUUGGACUGGCAAAAGCACAACCUGGCCGAGGAGGAGAAGCUAACUUCUCCUUCGUCUCCACCACCGAGCUACGUCAAGCCGGAUACUCAUCCAAGCUCCAAGACAAGAGCCGAGACACUGAGAAAACUUCGAGCGGAGCGAGCAGCCAUCGACAGGAUUGCGGCGGAAGUGGAGGCGGCGGCGGCGGAGCAAGCCAAAGUGAGAGCUGAGAGAGCGGCGCUGGAGCACAUCGAGAGAGAUGCGAGGGCUGCCGCGCUACUCAAGCAAGAUCAGAUGUUCUCUCGCGAGGAUGACAAAGAUGGCGAGCAAACUAUCAGGGUGGACGAGGAGGAAAAGGUGGCAGCUCCAGUUGAAGAAACCGCGACUGGAUCGCAAGAAGAGGCUAGAGCAGCUGUGGAAGGUGAUGGCAAGGUGAUCAAACCGGAAGUAGAAGAAGCCGAGAAGAGCUCUAGCGAAGCCAUCGAUACUUCUACCUCCAGUCCAGUGUUCCGGGAAGAAGAAGCUCGAUCGAGCAAUGACGUUCCGGAGCGCGAGGAAGCAGGAGCUCCAUCAAGCAAUGGCGUUAUGGAGCGCGAGGAAGCAGGAGCUCGAUCGAGCAGUGGUUUGGAGCAGGAGCAAGGCUCGACCGAUAAUGAUUUAGCGCCGCCAACUUUCGAGAACAAGGAGGAUGAUCAAGAACGUUUGUCGAGCUCCGGAGAAGCUGGAGGAGCGCCGCAAAUCCACAAGCUAGUGGAAGCAGUGGCAACAAGUCACGAGAAGGACCAGACCACCGACAGCGAAUCCAUCCUGAGCAUCGAUAGCUUCACGACGAACCAGCCGAGCGCGAGUACCCCUGGAUCAUCCAGCAACGCUCCUGGAUCCGGAGCAGCGGCCAAGGAUCAUCAGGAAGAGGCGGCUCCAGAGACUCCAGAGAGGCUUGAAUCGAACAUGCGAGAUCACGAGAAGAGCAACAAAAGCUUGGAGAUAUCCGUGGAAGCGGAGGAGAGGAGGACGAUCGAGGAGCAACGAAAGCGAGAACUUAUGGAAGAAGCUCGAAGGACACGCGAGAGGAGCUUGGUGGCGAGGAUCACAGCCGAGGUUCGCGAGAGAGCGGCGCUGGAAGCAAAGGCCAAGGCCGAGAGAGCAGCGGCUAUGGAUCGAAAGAAAUCAUCGAGCGAGCAGCCGCAGCAGAGGCGGACCAAGCCUCGAUUGAGAGAGCAAUCGAGCAGCGAAGUGGUAGCCAAGGAGCUCGAGGAUCGAGCGAACCCGGCAUCGUCGUCCUCGUCGCCAGGUUCUUCGUCCACGGCAAAAGGUGGCGGAGGAGGAGGAACGCGCGUUUCUUUGCGCGAGCAGCUCGAGAAGGAGCGGUUGGCGCGAUCCGAGAGCUCUGCUGCUACUACUCCUCGUGACGAUCCAAAGGAUAGUGAGCACCACCGCCAAUCCGGGAGAGCUAUCCGCGAGGAUAGAUCUCUGGUGGAGAGAAUGCGAGCCGAGGCUCGCGAGCGAGCGGCAGUGGCGAAGAUAGAGCGCGAGAGGGAGGAGCGCGAGCGAGAGAGGCUCGAGAGGAUCGACGCUGCGAGGAGGCGCGAGAGGGAGAGGCUGGAGAGGCUAGAGAAGGAGCGCGAAAGGGAGAGGGAGAGGCUGGAGAGGGAGCUGGAGAGAGAGAGGGAGAUCGAGCGAGAGAAGGACCGAGUGGGACUGGAGGAGAAGGCGGCGCGGGAGAGAGCCGAAGCGGAGGCGGCGGUGGCGGCGGCGGAGGUGGCGGCGCGGUUGAAAAUGGAGAGAGCGGCGGUGGAGCGAGCCAACGCUGAGGCACGGGCGAGAGCCGAGCGAGCGGCCUACGAUGCUGCUCGAGCUCCAGUGUCUUCCAGCUCUUCCAGGCCGACGAGCGCUCCCAAGCAACGCUUUGCAAACUCGGCAUCGAUGCCUACGUCUGGAAGCCAAACCGAGAAUGGAGGCAUUCGGAGGACAACUUCGAGCACAAACUUGGAGAGCGAUCGAACCAGCAAUGUCAACUCAAACAGCAGCUUCUCUCGCGAGGAUUUCCAAGAGUUGAAAGGAGAGACGCCAGAGCGAAGGAAAGCUCGCUUGGAACGCUACCGGAGAACCCAAAACCGCGCAGCACAGGCUUUGGCACAAAAGAACAAGCGCGAUCUGGAGCUCCAAUCCGAGCAAGCCGAAAGACAAAGAUUGGCCGAGAGACUCGACAGCGAUAUCAAACGGUGGUCUGUAGGAAAAGAUGGCAACAUUCGAGCUCUCCUUUCAACACUCCAAUACGUUUUGUGGCCGGAAUCUGGAUGGAAGCAAGUAACUCUCACCGAGCUCAUCAAUCCAGCCGCAGUAAAGAAGGCCUACCGACGAGCAACGCUGUGUGUUCAUCCGGACAAAAUGCAGCAAAAGCACGCGAGCGUCCAGCAAAAGUACAUAGCCGAGAAAGUCUUCCACAUCUUACAGGUGGCGUGGAAUCGAUUCAAUUCCCAAGAGAUGCUUUGAACUUGCUGUGAUGAUCACGAAUGAGUGGUAGACUCUCUUUAGUCGUAACUACGAGUGUGAGGCGAACGAUUCAACAUGUAUAAAACGCGCAGACAAAGAAGAAAGAAGACUGGCGAUCCAUCCAUCCUUCGAUUCUCAAAUGGUUGGAUCCCAAUAAGCUCAAAAGUUACAAUCUGAGAAUUUUUUGGGAGCGAUCAUACUUUUGCUCGUUCCUCUUAGAACAUGAAAUGUAAAAUGUAGCAACAGCAAAA